AUGUCUCAACAAAAAAUCGAUCUUACGAAACUUAGUCCGGAGCAGCUCGCUGCAGUGAAGCAGCAAUUCGACCAGGAACUACAACAUUUUUCUCAGUCUCUACAAGCUCUAAACAUUGCCAGAGGAAAGUUUAAAGAAUGCUUAGAGGACGUUAAAUCGUUAGCUAAGCCUGAAAAUGACAAUAAUAAAUUGUUAGUUCCGCUCUCUGGGUCGUUAUAUGUAAGAGGUUCGGUAAGAGAUAAUACAAAAUUCAUGGUAGACAUCGGCACAGGAUAUUACGUAGAGAAAGAUACUGAGCAAGCACUUAAUUUCUACGAGAAGAAAAUUGCAAAGCUGAAUAGAGAGUCUAUUCAAAUUCAAGAUAUUAUCAAGGAAAAAAGUCACUCUUCUCUUGCGAUUGAGGGACAUUUAAGGCAUGCUGCCAUCCGUCGACAUGAAGAACUAGCAAAGCAAAAUCCGCAAUAA